AGCCGCUAGGUGGUUGUUACUCAUUCUCUUGCAGUUCACUCGAACAGCAACACCAUGCCUGAACCAGCUAAGACCGCGCCCAAGAAGGGAUCCAAGAAAGCCGUGACCAAGACGGCAGGGAAAGGCGGCAAGAAGCGCAGAAAGACCAGGAAGGAGAGUUACGCCAUCUACGUGUACAAAGUCCUGAAGCAGGUGCACCCCGAUACCGGGAUCUUCUCUAAGGCCAUGGGCAUCAUGAACUCGUUCGUCAACGACAUUUUUGAGCGCAUUGCCGAUGAGUCUUCUUGUCUCUCUCACUACAACAAGCGCUCCACCAUCACCUCUAGGGAGAUCCAGACUGCCGUGCGUCUGUUGCUUCCCGGAGGGUUGGCCAAGCAUGCCGUGUCUGAGGGCACAAAGGCCGUCACCAAGUACACCAGCUCCAAGUAAAGCGCCUUAGCGCCGUCUUUAUCAACACAAAGGCUCUUAUAAGAGCCACCCACUUUUUCAUACAACGUGCAAAUCUCCUUUCUGCGUCGGAGUCACACAGACACACACACACA